AUGAAUUAAAGUGAUCUAUAUCUAAUUGAAGGUUUAGGCCUGACAAACAAAAAAAAGAAAUAAAUUUACAUAAUUUCUGAGUCUCUAGGGUUAAAGUUAUUAGUAUCUAUAUUUAUAAUACUUAGGACCCAUCAAAUAUGACCUUAAAGUUAUUAGUGUAUUGGAGUGAUGAAGAAGCAUUAAUGGAUUGGAAUGAAUACCUAGAAGGAACAUGCUCUAAUGGAUUAUACUUUAAACUAAUUUUUUAAGGUUAAGAAUAUAAAAUUGAGGGUUCUGCUGAAUAACUAAUCCAGUUGUAUGAUUAUUGUUAUGGAAAAUUUAUUUUUAUAAAGAGUAAAAUCUUCUAAUAACAUUCAAUCAUUUCAUCGAAUUCACAAUAUGAAGUAUAUUAUUUAUAAUAAGUUUAGAUGUAUUUGGUGACAAAUGUUAAAGAUAAUAAAUAAUAUAUUGAAAAAAGAAUUCUUUCUAGUUCUAUUUCUUAAGGGAUGGAGAUGUCUAAUUCAUUCUACACUUAAUCUGGUUUUAAUAAAAUACCUGAAGAAGUGAGGAUCAUUCAACUUUUAAAUGCUUAAAAGUGUCCUUAUAUUUUAAAAAUUUUAUCAAUUUGUUAUGAUGGUGAUCAUUAUUCUUUAAUCUACACAAAUGAAAAUUUAAUAUCUUUAAAGUAGAUGUUAAAAAUACAAAAAAUUGA